AGCUCCAAGGAGAGAGACGGACUUUACUCGAGCAGAAAGCUCCGCCAAGAGUUCGGGUCGUGUCUCCAAACACCAGUGGCUCCUCGGGGGGCACAGAGCUGCCGCCGGGACGGUGGGGAUGGCAGGAAUGGCUCGGCCCAGGAAGAAAACCUCCGCUGGGCGUUGGGAGUAAAAGCUCCGAGGGCUGGGCUGGGAGGAGAGAUCACUAACUAGAUACCAGGAGCCAGGAGCGAGGAGAGCAGGGACACCCCGGACACAGCUGCCCGGACCCCGGACACAGCUCCCCGGACCCCGGGGGGAGGAGGGACCAGGAGAUGGCGAGAAGGAGGCUGGAUCUGCUGGAGGUCUGCUGUCUGCUGCUGCUGAUGAUGAUGAGUGGAACCUCCUGCUGCAGAGACUCCCAGCAGACCAAGGACCUCUCCUCGCACCAGCUGACCGUCCCUCGGCCUUUAGGAGGCAGGCUGAGGAGAGAUGCAGACAGAAGGCCGCCUAGCCAGGUGUCUUACAUCCUCAGCUUGGCGGGGAAGGAUCACGUCCUCCAUCUGCAGAGAAACCAGCUGCUGCUGCCUGCAGACUUCUCCGUCUUCACCUACAGUCAGAAUGGAUCCAGGAUCACAUCCAGACCGCCUGUGCAGAACCACUGCCAGUACCAGGGCUUCGUCCAAGGCGUGGAGGGCUCGUCUGUGGCCAUGAGCAUCUGCGGCGGCCUCAGAGGAGUGGUGCAUCUCGCUGACGACAGCUACGGGAUCGAACCGUUAGACUCCGCCCCCGACCAGCACCUGGUGUACCGCCUGCAGGAUGUGACAUCACAGCCCCUCGGCUGUGAAACCCCUCACCACGAGCAUGAGCACACAGAGGCCACGGAGCAUGCUCAGUACAGACCUGAGGAGAGCCUGUACCGACAGCACAGCAGGGUGAAGCGGGCCGUGCUCCAUAAGACCCACUACGUGGAGCUGCUGCUGGUGGUGGACUACGACAGAUACAUCUACAUGAACAGGAAUGCCACGGCGGUGAGGGAGGAGAUGGUUCUUCUGGCCAACCUGAUAGACGGUAUCUACGUGCAGCUGAACAUUCGGGUGGUCCUGGUCGGUCUGGAGAUCUGGACCCAGCAGAACCUGAUCAGCACCGAGGGAGGAGCUGGAGAAGUGCUGAGUCGCUUCACUCAGUGGAGGGAGAAGAGCCUGGUCCCCCGCCGCCGCCACGACUCGGCACAGCUCAUCCUGAAGAAGAGCUUCGGGUCGACGGCAGGAAUGGCCUAUGUGUCCACCGUCUGCUCCAGGAGCCACGGAGGAGGGAUCAACGCGUUCUCCAACAACAGGGUCAACUCGUUUGCCUCCAUUGUGGCUCACGAGCUGGGUCACAACCUGGGGAUGAACCACGACGACGGACGCCAGUGCAGCUGCCCCGGCUCGGCCUGCAUCAUGAACUCCGGAGCCACAGGCUCCAAAAACUUCAGCAGCUGCAGCGCCGACGACUUCGAGAAGAUGCUGCUGGUGGGAGGCUCGUGUCUCCUGAACGUGCCCCGGCCCGACGAGGCCUACAGCGCCCCCUACUGCGGGAACGGCCUGGUGGACGUCGGCGAGGAGUGCGACUGUGGAUCGGAGAAGGAGUGUGAACAGGACCCGUGCUGUGAGUACCGGACCUGCAAGCUGAAGUCUGGAGCUCAGUGUGCGAGCGGAGAGUGCUGCUACAACUGUCAGUACCUGCCGGGAGGAACGGUGUGCCGCUCCAGCAGCGACGAGUGCGAUCUACCAGAGUACUGUAACGGCUCCUCGUCCUUCUGCCAGAGCGACGUCUUCGUCCAGAACGGGCAGCCGUGCAGGAACCAGCAGGCCUUCUGCUACAACGGGAAGUGCCAGCACCGCGACGGCCAGUGCCAGGCCCUGUUCGGAUCCAAGGCCAAGGCGGCUCCUCUCAACUGCUUCUUAGACGUCAACAGCAAAGGAGAUCGCUUCGGUAACUGUGGCUACGCCAACCACAACUACAGGAAGUGUGAGAGCAGAAACGCUCUCUGCGGGAAGCUGCAGUGCUCCAACAUCCAGUCGGUGACGGUCUUCGGCAUCGAGCCGUCCAUCAUCAUCUCGCCGAUCAGCGGAGACAAAUGCUACGCCGUGGACUUCAACCUGGGCUCAGACGUCCCAGACCCCGGCAUGGUGAACGAGGGGACCAAGUGUGGGGAUGACAAGGUGUGCAUGAACUUCGAAUGUCGCAGCAGUGACGUCCUGAACUACGACUGCAAGGCUGAGAGUUGCCACGGACACGGGGUCUGCAACAACAACAGGAACUGUCACUGUGACUACGGAUGGGCCCCGCCUUUCUGCGAGCUGUCGGGUUACGGAGGCAGCACGGACAGCGGGCCCACCUGGAAUGAUAAGGACACGUCUCUCCGGGACGGCCUGCUCGUCUUCUUCUUCUUCAUUCUUCCUCUGCUGGCUCUGGGCACGUUCGUGUUCCUGCGCAGGAACGAGCUGCUGCGGCGGCUCGGGCUGAGCCGCAGGAAGAGGUCGCAGGGAUACCAGGCGGAUGGGGCGGCUUCAUCCAAUCCCAGCCGCGGACCGCCCCCCCGAGCGCAGCCGCCGGCCGUUACCCGGGACAACGCCAAUGGCAUCGUUAGAGACGGGGAGGCCGACGACGACACCGCUGACGACGACGUUCUCCCGCAUCACGCUCAGCUGCUGCCUCCACCCAAGGUGGUGGAGACCAACAGGACAGCGUCCUCCUACGCCCCGCGGCCGCCUCCCCCUCCUCUAAAACCCAAACCGUCUCCUGCGUCGCAGCCUCUGGUGCCUCUACGACCCGCCCCCCCGCCACCACUUUAAACACCCGGGGGAGGGGGUUCAGACUGCACCUGGAUCACACCCCCAUCAUCUUCCUCCUCCACCUGGGAGGCUGCCCCAUGACAGCUGGUUACCUAGCAACAGCCGCGAUGGAUUUGGAGGCCGUGGACCGGACCGGCACAUCUGACUCUGGUCAGACUGGACUCAACUGAAGCCGCCGCUCCGGAGACUAAAGUCAGCUCUGUCAGGUUCUGUUACCCAGCCAGCCCGUCAGGUCUCAGAACCGCCGCCCUUUUACCCAAUUAUCCUCCACAAUUCACCUGCAGAUGAACUUUAAUGGACCGUUUCCUCGGUAACGCUGCUCUUAACCGUACAAGGAGGGCUGAUUCAUGAAACAAGAGCUAGAUAAACUACAGAUACAGAGAAGGGACUAGUCCGUCCCUUUCUUGCUCUACUGUGUACUUUUAGUUUGAAACUAACAUUAUGUGAUUAACGUGUUAUAAAUCUCAUGCUGGCCCUUGUUGCAGCCUUAAGUCCGUUUUAGCUCCCGUCUCUUUAAGAUCCGCCCACAAAAAAGCCACUUUCUUCUGGUUGGUCGGUUUCUGGAAGCCUCUUCUGUAGCCAUUGCCCCGUGGGUCAGAGCUCCUCUGUGGCAGGAAACGUGCAACUCAAGGAGAACAGACGUUUCUGAGCAGAAGACAAUCAUCUCCAUCAGCCGGUGUGAAGUAAUCAAGCGGCACUUUUCCACUAGACCGAGUGGAGGCGAGUCGGGCUGAGUCGGUACUAGUGGAAAAGUGCCAAAGGUGGUGUGUGGUCAGCAGGUAGUGCUGUCGUACGACUGUACGUCCUGCUUUAUUUCCACUCUUGGUGGCAGUUCCAGUGUGGUCCAACACUGUAGUUAAUACGUGGUGGGUUCAGACCGUCAGAUAGCAGUGCAUGUGACUUUAUUCACCAGCCGACGGCCAGUAUAACGUGCAAAGAAAGCAAAGCGUGCACAGCCGAGAGAGAGAGCACCACGGAGCAAGCACUUUAGUUUAAACGCAAAGGCUUUGCAGUAUGAUAAUGUGGUUCGCUGUAACUGCAUCUCCACAAAUACAGUACACACAAGCACUCACGCAACCUUUUGGUCUUAAAGUAACGGAAACUAAACACACGCACACGCAAAGCCCUGGCAAACGAGUGUAACUACACACACACCAUCAGCAUCUGCUGCAUCAGCAGCUGAUAGCCGUGACGCUAGUGGACUAAGAGCAGCCGGUCAAUACAAUUCAAUUUAUUUGUAUAGCGUCAAAUCACAACAAAGGUCAUCUCAUGACUUAACAGAGAUAAAAGUGAUCAGAUGUAACACAUCAUGAAAUAAUGUAUAAAAACAUCAGCAUCGGAGAAACAGAAGAACAGCUAAACAUCCAAAAACACAGUAACAUCAGGCUAGCUGACUCUAAGCAUAGGAUUUUUCAUAAAGGAAGGUUUUAAGCCGACUCUUAAAGGCAGAGAGUGUGUCCGCCUCUCGGACCAAGACUGGAAGAUUAUUCCAGAGGUUCGGGAACUGAAAUGUGAAGGUUCUGGAGAUUGUAGGAAUCCCAAGUAAUAUUGCAUUCUGUGAGCAUCUACUGUACAGAACUCAGAAGCCCUGAGAUUUGUCUCGGGGUGAAACCCACUCGACUCUUGGCUCUUUUCAGCAGGACCCGUCGUCCUCCACCACCAGCCAAACACCACAUUUUAAUUAAGACACAAAAUCAGGAUUCUCCAGGUAGACGUGGGAAUAUUCUCUGGAGCACAGCAACGCUCCGAAACGUUCCACUUUCCUGUUUGUUCUGAUCUAUCUCCAGCGUUACAAGUGACUUCCAUCUUGCAUUUAACCGUAGACUAAACAAAGUUUUAUCAGAGCCCAUUUAUAGAGUUAAAAAGAGACAAGGUUGCGAUGCCUCAACGUGCAUAGCUUGUGGACACUUAGCGAGACUCCAGGACCUUUAUUAUGUAAAACAGGGCAGUUCCGUUCUUAGCUCAUGAUCUCCAGGCAGUGCAUGUUCCUGCAGGGGUUUCCACCAAUCAGAGGAUGCUUGAAAACCCGCCCACUAACCCAUGGACGCCACUAAGACGCCGAUUCUUGGCUAUUUUUCCAGACGUGUCCCUCCUUGUAGUCGUCAGCCUUUGUCAGUCUGACAUAAUUACAGGGUGUUGAAGAGACGGGAGUUAAAUAUACAGUUUAAUACAGUUUAAUAAUGGCUGUGAUUGGCUGGUGAGCAGUGAGGGGCGGGGCUUGCACAUGCCCAGCUCUUGUAUCAGAAGCACCGGUGCUGCCUGUUGCACUCCCCACAUCUCCACACAAGCACUGUCAUAGGAAUGUAACGCAGCGCCGUGGGCCGGGCGUCUGGUCUGCAGCGCCCGGCCGGCCCGGACCGCGUUGUCUUCUUCCAGGAAUUGUAAAACUGAAGUAUGCAACAGCAUCGUAGGAUGUGGACGUGUCGUCCAGGUUCUCCUUCGGGGGAAGUGUCUCCUGCACACGUCAGCACUGCUGCAUCUCUCUGCAAACGAUUUCACUGAUCAACCUCCCAGCAAGAACCCGUAGUCCCACCAGGGAUCACGUACCCGCCCGGGAAACCCCGCGUUUCCCCGGUGACCUGCACUGCAACCAACGAACCUGGAUCUGCACUGUGUUGUGUUAAUGCUGUUUUAAAUCUGCUCUUUUGGAUGUUUUUGCACACAGUCGGCGUCAACACGGGCACUCCACUUUUAGGGCUAACUUUGUGCCAUUUGGAUGGUUUUCAUGCCAAAACCAUAACCGGUGUUUGGUCCCGAGGACGCUUCAGAGAAGAACUUGGAUCUGGGAGCGGCUGAGGCAUCAGGUCGUGUCCUCUCACGCUGAUAUCUGAUAAAACCAGGACCGGUAACGAGCCUCAUGCUGACACUCAAACCAACACUUACUGUACGAGUGUGAUCCGGCACAAAUCUGUGUUUAGAAUGUCUUACCAUUCUGCAUGUUUGUUUUUUUGGCUUUUUCAGCAAGUUUAUUGAGUUACCCUUUUUUUCCU